CAGAUUUGGUGUUUGGCGAUGGCGGGCAGAGCGAGCCCUGUGACUCCUCUUCGCAAAUCAUCAGCUGCUGUUUCCAAAGGUUACGGUUUCGCUUCUUCAUGGGAGCAGAAUGCUCCUUUAACGGAGCAAGAAAAAGCAGCAGUGAUUGCACUUUCACACGCAGUCACAGAGCGACCCUUUCCAUCGAAUGUGUCACAAGAGCAGAUUGUAAAGCAGGAAAAUAGCACAUCAGUUUACACAAAGGACAAUUCGUUGGAAACUCCAUGGCCCAUAGAAGCAGUUUUGGUUAAUAGUCAUCAGUUCUAUAAAUGGUUCACUAGUCUCGAAUCAGCUAUGAAAUCAGAGACUGAGGAGAAGUAUCGGCAGUAUGUCAACACCUUGACAGAACGUAUACAAACAUGUGAUGGAAUUCUUUCUCAAGUCGAUGACACAUUGAGUUUGUUUGAUGAUCUACAACUGCAGCAUCAGGCCGUUGCAACAAAGACUAAGACCUUGCAUGAUGCAUGCGAACGACUAGUUAUGGAAAAGGAGAGGUUGGUUCAGUUUGCAGAAGCUCUUCGUAGCAAGCUUAACUAUUUUGAUGAAUUGGAGAACGUCGCUACAAAUUUUUACUCGACAAACAUGAAUGUCGGAAGUGGACAUUUCCUUCCUUUAUUGAAACGACUUGAUGAGUGCAUUUCGUAUGUGGAAAGCAAUCCACAAUAUGCUGAAUCUAGUGUUUACUUGGUGAAAUUUCGGCAACUCCAGUCUCGAGCGUUGGGUAUGGUACGGUCUCAUGUGGUUUCUGUUCUUAAAAGUGCUGCUUCCCAGGUAAACAUAGCCCUUCGGGAUAGUGGCCAUGGUAAAUCUGCUCUUUCUGAGGGUGUGGAAGCCUCCGUUCUUUAUGUGCGAUUUAAGGCUGCUGCUAGUGAGCUGAAAGCUGUGCUGGAGGAAAUUGAAAGCAGGUCUUCUAGGAAAGAAUAUGCACAAGCUCUUGCAGAAUGCCACCGUUUAUAUUGUGAACAACGUCUUUCGUUGGUAAAGGGAAUUGUGCAGCAACGGAUCUUUGAGUUUGCCAAGAAAGAGAUGCUGCCUUCGUUGACGAGAUCUGGAUGUGCAUAUUUAAUGCAGGUUUGCCAGCUUGAACACCAGCUCUUUGACCAUUUCUUUCCAUCUUCAUCUGCGGAUGUUGCAAACUUGGCUCCAUUGAUAGAUCCGUUGUGCACUUAUUUGUAUGAUAUUCUUCGCCCCAAGCUCAUUCAUGAGUUGAAUCUUGAUUUCCUUUGUGAGCUUAUUGAUAUUCUCAAAGUCGAAGUCUUGGGGGAACAACUUGGAAGACGAGGCGAAUCAGUUGCAGGAUUACGCCCUACUGUAGAUAGAAUUCUAGCAGAUGUCCAUGAGCGAUUGACAUUUCGUGCUCAAACAUAUGUUCGUGAUGAGCUAAUUGGUGGAGCCAACAUGGGUGUAGUUCUCCAAAUUUACAAAAGUUGGCCAUUCGGAUCUUAUAACCUAGCCACUUUCUCGUUUGGUUGUGUGCGCAAUUGGAGCACUUUUGAAGGGGCAAGGAUUCAUAUAAAGAAAAGGAGCAGGCUUGAAUCAAAGAGGCUCAAUGACUUAGUCUAUGUCAAGUAUAAUCGAUUCUUGAAGGACAGGUUUGCUAAGAGAGAUAAGAGAGACCCCCUCAGAUCAAAAAAUAUGGACAAUGCUAUGGAGUGGUUAGUUGAUGAGGAUGAGGUCGAGGGGCAUGAAGGAUUGACAUGGGACAUGGUCAUGGAUGCUUCAGAGACAUCAGCGGACCCUAGGGCCAUUAGAUCUUUAAUUCAGAGGACGAGGGUAGAGGAAGAGGAGGAUGAAGAGGCAGUUUCAAAAGAGACGGAGGAGGACAACCAAUAUGUUGAGAUUGCAAAUUAUCUUCCAUUUGAUGAUGACCUGGACUACCCUGCAAAGCUAGAACGAGCUGCUGAAACUAGAUCAAGCACUAAUGCUGAUGAAAACUCUGACAUUUUCAAAACAUGGUAUCCACCAUUGGAGAAAACCCUCUCUUGUCUGUCAAAGCUUUAUCGCUGUUUAGAACCCCCUGUCUUUACUGGUUUAGCGCAGGAUACUGUUGAAGUUUGCUCGACAUCUCUCCAGAAAGCAAGCAAACUCGUUGCAAAGAGAUCAUCCCCAAUGGAUGGGCAGCUCUUUCUAAUCAAACAUCUCCUUAUUUUAAGGGAACAAAUUGCACCUUUUGAUAUUGAAUUCUCCGUGACUCACAAGGAGCUCGAUUUCUCUCAUUUAUUGGAGCAUUUAAGGCGGAUACUUAGGGGUCAAGCUUCACUAUUUGACUGGACAAGGUCAACUUCAUUGGCAAGAACUUUGUCACCGCGUGUUUUGGAGAGUCAGAUAGAUGCUAAGAAGGAGCUGGAGAAAAGCCUCACUGCUUGCUGUGAAGAAUUCAUCAUGUCAGUCACAAAGUUGGUUGUGGAGCCUAUGCUUUCUUUUGUUACAAAGGUUACUGCAGUGAAAGUUGCAUUAUCCUCUGGUGCCCAAGACCAGAAACUCAAUUCAGUUUUGGCGAAACCUCUCAAGGAUCAAGCAUUUGCUACACCUGAAAAAGUAGCAGAGCUUGUGAAGAAGGUUGACACUGCCAUUCAACAAGAAUUGCCAAAAGUCAUUGCGAAAAUGAAGCUUUAUUUGCAGAAUCCUUCAUCGCGUACUAUUUUGUAUAAAUCAAUCAAGACAAAUAUAGCGGAGGCUCAGUUACAAGUACAUUCCCUUAUAAAAUCCGAAUAUUCCGCAGAAGAAAUGGCGAGCAUAGGUAUGCUUCCUGUGCAAGACUUGCAAGCUCUACUUGACAGUCUUUUGUAGAUUGUGUAGAUAUAACGGCUGCAAUUUUCCUCAUAUUCUGGUAUUCUUUUCCUUUUCUGUUCCUGUAAUUUUUUUCUCGGAGACCUUGAGCAAUGAUAUAGCAAUAGUUAAUUAAUAUAAUUUGUUCAAUUCCUUUAUAUCUGACUUAAGAUUCUGUAUCUUACUUUCGAUGUAUCAAGCAUAACUUUCUAAUAUAAUCUUGUCAUUGAAUUC